AUGGGAUGUAAAUGGGAUUACAUAAUAAAUUACAAAGCAGAUGGAACACUUGAAAGAUACAAGGCAAGCAUCAAGACAUUGGAAUGUGAAACUUGUGGAGGCACUAGUGUAGUCAGGAUUUGUACAAAGUCAACUAGAUCAUUCUCUACUGAUAAGGAAGAUUGGACAAAGAUAGAAGUGGUUCUUAUCUAUGUUGAUGAUGUACCGAUCACAGGGAAUGACACAUACUUGGUCUUGGAGACAAAAGGCAUUCUACAACAAGCAUUUAAGAUAAUAAAUCUAGGAGAAUUGAUCUUCCUAGGAAUAGAGUUUGCAAGAUCCAACCAAGGAAUUCUUAUGAAUAAAAGGAAGUAUGCUUUGCAGCUUAUCUCAGAAUCAGGUUUAGAAGGAGCCAAACCAGCAUUGACUCCUCUAGAGUGCAAUCUAAAGUUAACUAGCAAAGAAUAUGAUGAUCAUAUGGGAGACAAGGAAGAUGAACUCUUGGAAGAUAUUGUCUCACAUCAUAGGUUAAUAGGGAAACUGUUAUACCUCACCAUGACAAGGCCAUACAUAAGCUUUGUUGUACAAACCUUGAAUCAGUUCUUACAACAACCCAAGAAGUCUCACAUGGAGGCAACACUGAGAAUAGUGAGAAAGGCAGAUAUUCAGAUUGCUGAGAAUCCAGUUUACCAUGAGAGAAUAAAGCAUAUUCGACUGCCACUUCAGAAUGGAGAAGCUUCAGAAUAG